CGCUGAAAAGAUCUUGCGGGAGCGAACGCUCUGCAGUUCUCUGCCGAUGGCCGCGAGCGGCUGCCGGGCCGGUUAGUCGCUGGGUUGGGGACCCCCGAGACGCCGUCAUGUCUCAGAAGUGGUUUGACCGGGUGAGGGUGCCGGAGGCCGCCCCGACGGGAAUGCACCGAACGAUGCUGGUCAAGUCUGCCUCCAUGUACUCCGAGAUACAGAGGGAUCCUCCGGAUAUCGGCAGCAUUCUGUCUCAUCCUGAUUACUUGGAGGGAAACCCGGAACUCAUCAAGCCCAAAAAGAUCCUUAAUCCCGUGAAGGCCUCAAGAAGCCACCAGGAGCUCCAUCGAGAACUUCUAAUGAACCAUCGAAGAGGUCUGGGGAUUGACAAAAAGCCGGAGCUCCAGAGAGUCCUGGAACAUCGCCGAAGAGACAAAAUCAUCCAACAGAAGAAAGAGGAAGAGGAGCUCAAGAAGCUACAGUCUCCGUUCGAACAGGAGCUUCUAAAGAGACAGCAGAGAUUAGAACAGCUUGAAAGAGAACAGGAAGAGGUUAAAGAGGAAGGACACGCACCAGAAUUCAUAAAAGUCAAGGAAAACCUAAGAAGAACGGCCACGUUACAGGAGAGAGUAGAAUAGAAGCUGCCACGCGUGGAUUCCGUCUUAUUAACCCAAGCAGGCUUUGUUAACUGUACUUGGCAUUACUGUACUCGUUAAACAU